CUGAAACUGGAGGUGUGGCAUCUGCCGGGCGUUGUCGUGGAGACAGAGUGCUGGAUGCUCACUGUUCCCUCUUCCUCUUAGCUGAUCACUCAGACACUGAUCACAGGGAGGCUGAUCCUUAUGGCAUCUAGAGCAUCAGCCACAGGUGGCCAUGCUGUUCUCUCAAUUAUUGUUUGCUUUGGGGUUCACCCUCCUGCCCCUCCUCCUGUUUCAGUGCCCCGCCCAUGCCUGCCCUGCCCGCUGCGAAUGUUCCGUGCCCACACGCUCUGUGUCAUGCCACCGCAGACGACUAGUGGAGGUGCCUGAGGGCAUCCCUAUAGAGACGAGGGUGUUGGACCUCAGUAAAAACCGCCUGCGCAUUGUGACGCCACAGAACUUCUCCUCACUUUUGCUACUUGAAGAACUAGAUCUCAGCAACAACCUGUUGUCCUCCGUGGAGCCCGGCAGCUUUCGCGCCCAGCCGCGGCUACGCCAGCUCCGAUUGCGCAGCAACCAGCUGACCCUGCUGCCUCGUGGAGCACUGGCCGGCAUCAGCGAGCUCACUCUACUGGAUGUCAGUCAAAACCGUCUUGUUAUUCUGCUGGACUAUGGCUUUGAGGAGCAGCGGAGGCUGCGUGUGCUGGAGCUGAGCGACAAUGAGCUGGUGUUUAUCGCCCCACGGGCGUUUAACGGCCUGGUGUCUCUGCGCUCUCUGACGCUGCAGCGCUGCAACUUGAGCACAGUGCCCACACACGCUCUUGCUCACCUGCACAGUUUGACCAGCCUUCGGUUGCGGGACUUGGGCAUUGCUGAGCUUCAGGCACAUGCGUUUAAGGGUCUCCCACGACUCAAACAUCUAGAAGUGGACCGCUGGCCUUUGUUGGAUGGGUUUCCCACCUCAGCUUUGCAGGGGCUGAAUCUCAGCACACUGUCUGUUACACACACCAACAUGUCGAUUGUGCCAGUCGUGACACACCUGUUGUAUCUAACACACCUCAAUCUGUCCUACAGUCGCAUACGGGUCCUGCCAGCAGGCUGGUUGCGGGGAAUGGACAGGCUAGAAGUUGUACGAGUGAGACAGGCUAACCUGCUCAACGUGGAGCCUCAGGCCUUUCAAGGGGCUUCCUCUCUGCGGCUUCUCGACCUUUCUUACAACAGUCUCACCACACUCCAGAGGAGCGUUUUUCCUGCCUCAGAGGCCCUGCAGAGUCUUCUGAUAGGUCAGAAUCCGUUAGUGUGUGACUGUCGUCUGCGCUGGCUGCUGGAAAGAACUCCACCUGUGCUGUAUGGAGAAGUUCAACCUGAGUGUAAUGCACCUACCCCCUUGGCUGGGAAACUCCUGAGGGACCUGGUGGAACCUCUACUCUCUCAUUAUGUCAUCUGCACCAAGCCCAGGGUGAUCUCCAAGGCAACAUAUCCGGCACAGGCGGAAGAAGGGCAGAGAGCUUGGCUAUACUGCAGUGCAGAAGGAGCGCCACCACCCUCUGUGUCAUGGCUGACUCCACAUCGGAGGCACAUUACCACAAAGAGCACAGGUAGAGUGGUGGUCCACAGCAAUGGCUCAUUGGAGUUCCGCAUGGCAGAGCCUCAGGAUAGUGGCAUGUAUGUGUGUGUGGCUUCGAACCCGGCAGGUAACGCUACUCUAUCUGUGACACUCGUCGUUAAAAGCUCGGGAAUCAGGGACAGGGCCCUAUAUGCCAACCGCAGCUUGAUUUUCGACCCUGACUACAACAGCUCCCUGAUAAAUGGCACUGAGCAGUACACCAUCAGGGUGGUGCUGGACUUCACCACCAUCCUGGUUUCCACAGCAAUGGGCUGCCUCAGCUUCUUGGGUGUCGUUUUAUUCUGUUUCCUCUUGUUGUUUGCAUGGAGCCGAGGCAAAGGGAAACACAGAGGAAGCGUGGACAUCCAGUAUGUCCCACGAAAGAGGAAAGGCGUGAACUCAGAACUUACAGAAACAAGUGGGCCCAGACGAGUCAACAUGAAGAUGAUCUGAUCUGUUUACAUGACUGAAGACUUAAUGGGUUGCAUGUGUGCGUGUGUGUUGAACUUUGUGAGUCUUUGAGUAUGUGUGCUGCAAAAGAUGUAAAGGAUGUAUUUAAUCAUGACAGUUUACAUGUGGUCUCCCAAUGAAAAAACUUGUCAAGAAAAAAGAAAGAAAAAGAAAGAAACCAAACCAUAGUAUGUGCGUCUUCUGCGAUGCUUUUUCUGGGGGAAGCAUUAUUUGGACAGUGGAGACGUGUGUAAGUUCAAGUUGUUGUAUAUAUUUCAUAUUUGUGGGAAAGAAUGGUAUAUUUAUAAAUAUAUAUAUAUAUAUAUAUAUAUAUAUAUAUAUAUAUAUAUAUAUAUAUAUACAGUAUAUAUAGUAUAUAUAAAUAUAUACAGUAUAUAUAGUAUAUAUAACUACUUACAGUCACAUUACAAUUAAAUUUUAAAACGCUGCAAAACUCAAGUUGUCUUCCCCAGUAAGCAAAGUAUCUACUGGAAAAAGCCUCGGCAGUGCUGUGUUGUGAAGUGUUUGGUUUUGCUCGGAAUUGUUGUUCUCUUGGGACAUCUUCCUCUUGUUAGCAGUACCUCAGGGGUAACCAGGGAGUUGUCUGCCAUUUUGUCGUAAAGAUGUGAAAAUGCAAAGAGCCGUUUGACUUGGUAGGUUACAGGUGCUGUAUUUGUGACUCAGUGGAAGUCUGUGGAACUUUGUGACAAUGUUCUUUUUUUUUUUUUCCUUAUGUUCUGUCAAAUGCUGCUCAAAUGUUUUUACAUACUAAAUAUCUGGUUAUAUUUUCCAAAGAAAAUAAAUAUAAAUC